AUUUGAUUCGCCGAUAGUAGUAUAUAUAUUUUUUUUUUACAAUUUCUUAGUAUUUCUUUUGUAAAUAGAUUUUAGAGUGUUUUUUACGAUUUUUGGUAGUCUAUGUUUUGCUCUCUGCCUGCCUAGUGCUCUGCUCUGUGGUAGAUCCAUGUGAAUUAAUUAAUUCUUUUCCUAGCGCUGUUUGGUUAGAGAGAAAACCGAAGGAAAAGCCAAGAAACGGUGUCGUUAAAGGUAUUGCUAGAAGCGGUUUGGAGCUCAGCUGGGGAUUGAUGUGAUAAAAUUGUCCUUUGCUAGCUGAGAAACAAAAUAAUCAGUGCCAUGUGAAACAUAUAAUUUGCAGUGUAUGCUGUAAAGAGACUGUUGCUAGCCGUAUGUGUGGGGUUAAUUUGAUGAAAUUUCUUAUUAUAACUCUUCUUUGAACUCUUUUGUUUUGUUUCUAUGUUUUGUAGGAAACUUCUUCUGCUCAGUACAUAUUGCAGCAGUAUACAGCUGCUUCCGGGGGGCAGAAGCUCCAAAACUCCAUUCGAAAUGCUUAUGCAAUGGGGAAAUUGAGAAUGGUAGCUUCGGAAUUUGAGACUGCCACAAGGACUGUUAAGAACCGGAAUGCCUCUAGAUGUGCAGAAUCUGGUGGGUUUGUUCUCUGGCAAAUGGAUCCCGACAUGUGGUAUGUUGAGCUUGCAGUUGGGGGUAGCAAGGUUCAUGCCGGGUGUAAUGGGAAGCUAGUCUGGAGGCACACACCCUGGCUUGGUGCCCACUCUGCAAAGGGGCCUGUUAGACCAUUGCGUCGUGCACUUCAGGGUCUUGAUCCAAGAACUACAGCUAGCAUGUUUGCCAAUGCUAGGUGCAUAGGGGAGAAAAAGAUUAAUGGUGAAGAUUGUUUUAUCCUCAAGCUUUCUGCUGAUCCUCAGACACUGAAGGCAAGGAGUGAAGGACCUGCUGAGAUCAUUAGGCAUGUGUUGUAUGGCUACUUCAGCCAGAAGACAGGGCUUCUUGUUCACAUGGAAGAUUCACAUCUGACUCGCAUUCAAUCCAAUGGAGGUGAUGCGGUUUACUGGGAAACCACGAUCAAUUCAUUUCUUGAUGAUUACAGACCUGUUGAAGGGAUUAUGAUUGCACACUCUGGAAGAUCUGUUGUGACCCUUUUCAGGUUUGGUGAAAUGGCAAUGAGCCAUACCAAGACAAAGAUGGAAGAAGCUUGGACUAUUGAAGAGGUUGCCUUCAAUGUGCCUGGACUUUCUUUAGACUGUUUCAUCCCACCGGCUGACUUAAGAUCUGGAUCUGUCAGUGAAAGCUGUGAACUCCAUCAGGAUGAAAGGGGUAAGAGUGCACUUGCAUUAGCAGCCCACCGGGCCAAAGUUGUUGCACUGGAAAAAGCACAUGAUAGCACCACUGACAACAUGAUUUGGAAGAUGGAAGUCUAACAAAGGGUAGGAUCACAGAAAUCAAGGCAAUUGUUCAUAUUGGUAGAAACUGUUAGGGGACUAACCCACUCGAAGUGAUAAGGUGUAGGAGUCAAGUCAUAUUUUUUUAGACUUUGGUCUAUGCCUCUAUUAAUCUGUAAAUAGAGCAUAAUCAUUCACUGGAUCCAACUGGACCAGGUUGAAUUUUUAUACUCAACGCAGAAUCCAACUAAGGAGUUGGAGCUCGGUUUUCCGGUCAGGGAUAGAGCUAAUGGAGGUUAUUUUUAGGUUACAUUCCAUGCUUGAAGAAGGUGGUGAAGCUGUCGUAUAGCAGAACCAUUAACCUUUUUAAUAGUUUUACUAAUGCUCAUGGUUAAUGAAUAUAGCAGUGGCAGUGGAGGAUACUGCUACUGUCAAGUCUGGCUUUGACACUAAUUUCUAGUUUGUUAACGUUACUUUUUCUUGCUCUGUGAUUCCUGGUGUGAUUGUUUUACAUUAUUAGUGUUUCUGGGUUUGGGAAGGAAGAUGGAUUGUGCUUAGAUAUGGAGAUUAGUAGGGUGAUAGAAACUCAUAUCCCCUGCUGUGAUCAAAUUCUGGGUUGUCUUUGGUUACAUGGUGGCAUCUGAUCAGUGCCAGCUGAGAACUAAAUGUAAACAGAAAUAUUAUGUCUUAUCAAUCACUUACUGUUGAUGAAAUAGAGAUCAGCAUCUUUC